AUAACAGAACCUAUUCGAUCUUUCGUCGAUCCAAUGGCUAAGUCGUACCACACCGAGACACUCAUCGUCUUCUUCUGCGCUUUUUUGUUAAGCGUCACAAGUGGCCAACAUCAAAAUCACUUGCCGCAAACGAAAGACGACACUAAUCUUCGUUUAGAAUACGAAACUUUGAAAACUCGAUUCGAGAGCAUCGAGAUUCAAUUUGACCGGCUGAGAGAGGAAGUCCGACUGCUAAAAACAAAGGCUAGCGAAAAAGAUUUCCAUACGGAUGAUGUCGCCUCAUCUAAAGGUGGAAUUCCAAGAUCUUGCCAUGAAGCCCGAUUGGCUGACCCUUCAUUGUCCACCGGCGUGUACUGGAUCGAUCCCGACGGCCAAGGUGUUGGAGACGAUCCCAUGCAAGUAAAUUGCGACAUGUCUUCAGGAAUGACAAUUAUUGGACACGACACCGAAGCAUCGACAAACGUCGGCCAUUGCACAGAUCCCGGCUGUUAUACGAAACCAAUCGUGUACCAAGCAUCUCACUAAAACAGAUCACAGCCCUUACACAACUUUCAUCAGAUUGUCGCCAGUCAAUUAAGUACGAGUGCUACUCAGCUCCUCUGCAGUUUGAUGGCGUCGAAUAUUCCUGGUGGAGUGACCGGAACGGUAACGAGCAAUAUUACUGGCACGGUAACGAUAACUCCACGCAUAUGUGUUUGUGUGGAAUUGCAAAUAUGUGUGCCGAUCCUAACAAAAACUGCAACUGUGACGCCGCCGUUCCCAUCAACU